UCGAGAGACUGCCCCUCUCAUCCAUGCACAGGCGCUCUUCAGCUCCUCCCUUCCUUGGCUUCCACUACCAGCCGUGCACGCCUCUGAUCUGUUCUUGACGUAGUACGCGAUUGAGGGGCUAACGAUUCUUGUGGGGACGACGGCGGCGGCGGACAUGGACCCGUGGGUCGGGCACCAGCCUUCCCUGAGCCUCGACCUCAACGUCGGCCUGCUUCCUACGGCGAGGCCGGCGGUUCCGGCGAAGUCGACCAAGGUCUUGGUCCAGGAGAACUUCAUGGCCGUCAAGAAAGACAACCGAGAGGUCGAGAAGCUCGAGGCGGAGCUCCGGCGCGUCGGCGAGGAGAACAGGCGGCUGAGCGAGAUGCUGCGGGCGGUGGUGGCCAAGUACACGGAGCUGAAGGGCCAGGUCGACGACAUGGUGGUGGCCACCGCCAACCACACUGGGUCCUCCACGUCGGAGGGCGGCUCCGCGGCCUCGCCGUCCAGGAAGCGGAUCCGGAGCGCCGGCGACAACAGCCUCGACACCGCCGCCCAACACCACCACAGACGCAAGCCGUCGCCGCCGUUGGCGGCUGCCGUCGCGGCACACGACCAGACGGAGUGCACGUCGGCCGCCGUCAGCGUCACCGCCGCCGCCUUCCGGCGCGCCGUGCGGGAGGAGUGCCGGCCCAAGGUGUCCCGGCGAUACGUCCACGCCGACCCCGCUGACCUCAGCCUCGUGGUGAAGGACGGGUACCAAUGGCGGAAGUACGGGCAGAAGGUGACCAAGGACAACCCGUGCCCGCGCGCCUACUACCGGUGCUCCUUCGCGCCGUCGUGCCCGGUGAAGAAGAAGGUGCAGCGCAGCGCGGACGACAGCACCGUCCUGGUGGCCACGUACGAGGGCGAGCACAACCACGGCCAGCCGCCGCAGCACGACGGAGGCAGGGCCGCGAGGUCGACGGCGACGGCGCAGGCGCAGGUGGCGAGCGAGGCCGCCGUGCGACCGGUGGCGGCACCACUGCCGCUGCAGCACCCGCACCAGCAGCAGAAGCAGAAGCAGAAGCAAGAGGCGGCGACGACGGUGCCGUCGUCGGAGGUGGCGAGGAAGAACCUCGCGGAGCACAUGGCGGUGACCCUGACCAGGGAUCCCGGGUUCAAGGCGGCGCUAGUCAGCGCGCUCUCCGGCCGGAUCCUCGAGCUCUCCCCGACCAGGGAUUAACUAGCAGUAGACGAACAUGAUGAUGAAUUAACGAGUUAGUCCGUAGACAGCGAAUUUAUUCAGAAUCGUAGCUCAGAAUUUCGCCACCAAGCGAUCGAAGAAGUGAAUUCGAGCUGCUUAUUGCGUGUGCGUUCGAAUAUCAACUGGCGUGCGGACCAUUCAAGUUGCUAAUUCAAGCACGUACGUACUUACUCCAUUCAAGAUUCAAGCUACAUGAUAUGAUGCAGCCUGUGGUUAAUUAACGGACACGGUAUAUAUAAUUAUAUACAUAUACCAGUAGUAUACCUGACCUCCACGUACGUGUGCAUAUAUGUCACCGGACGCUUGGAUUUGGAUGCUAAUCUGCUAAUGCAUGGAUUAUCGAAGA